AUGAAUUCUGAAAUAUUCCUAUAUAUUAAUGAAGCACAGCUUGAUGAUGAUGAGACUCACCUUCUUUCCAACCCUCCUUGUGAACUCUAUACACAAAUCACAGAAUUUAUUUCACCUAAUCCUAAUAAUAUCAAUCAUUUAGGUACCCCAAAACCUCAAAACCCUUAUAUCUUAUACCGUAAAAACAAUGUUGUAAAACAUAAAUCACUUGGGAGUAAAAAGGAUUGGGAAACUCUUUCAAAGGAAACUGGUGGUUCCUGGAAAAAUGAAUCGAACAAAGUAAGAAGUUACUUUAAAGUGUUGGCAAAACUGGCUUUUGAAAAACAUAAAUCAAUCUAUUACAGUAAAUGCAACAAUCCAUUACCAAAUGACUAUAUUUUCAUUACACAACAACCAGUACAACAACUACAAAAAAAAAUUUCUCAUAAUAACGAUUGUGCAGUCUCAGUUUCAUCACAUUCUCCAUACACUCCUUUUCCUUACGCAAAUGAUAGUCCAAGCUCGCUAUCUUCUACGUUUUUUAAUUCACAUUCUACUUCGUCUCAUUUUAUGGAUCAACAUCUACAAAAUCAAGACAAUAAGAAUAACGAUAGUGUGGCCUUAAAAUUACCUUAUCCGCACCAUUCUACUUCGUCUCAUUUUAUGGUCCAACAUCUACAAAACCAAGAUAAUAAGAAUAACGAUUGUGUGGCCUUAAAAUCACCUUAUCCGCACCAUUCUUGUACAAAUGAUAAUUCAAGCUCACUAUCUUCUACGUUUUCCCCCAAAUGUUCUGCUUUCUCUGAUUUUAAUCCUCUUCCUGUCAAUAAUAACAACAUUAUAAAAAAGACUGAUGAUGUCCAACCCACCCGAUUUAACGCUAGUGCAAAUUUAAAUAGUGAAAAUAUUCUAGAAAAGUUUCAACAAUUUCUGGAAGAUGAACAAACUGACAAACCAUCAAGCGGCGUGGAUUAUUGGCAUUUAUUGGACGUUUUUUGUCGCAGGAUGGAUAAUAAAUAA